CUGAGAUUAUCACGAAAAAUACAACAGCGACAACGACGACUUCUAAUUCUUUGCUUUCAAAUCCCCAAGUCCAAGUACUAUCACAUUUCGACGGACAAUUAAUACCUGCCAAAAAUAAACUCUUUCAUUAUUAUUAUUAUUAUUACUUAUUAUUUAUUGUCCAUUUUGAUGUAAUGCUAGUCCAGUUCAAGGAAAGGGUGAUCCGUUGAACCUGUUCAUGUCAGUACAACACUCCUGACCUUGACAUCAUCUGUGGAAUAUAUAAAUACAUAUAAAUACACAUUUACAUUUCACUGUGAAUACUAUCCAACUAACCGACUGGACUGACUAACCUACUAACCAAUUAACCUGACUAAUUCAGCAUUAUCUCAAUUUUUCAUGAAAUUAAUCAAUAAUUGUGUAAUCCCUGUCCUUAUUGUUGUUUAAACUGUGGAUAUCGGACAUACACUUUACUCAUUGGCAAGCAAUCAAUAAAAGUAAAAAAAACAUUUCAAUCGAAUUUCUUGGGGGCAGUGAUCCCAUUUUGUUUUAUAAAAUUGUUUUACUCAUCAUAUUCACAUCAUUGUGAAUUAUAGAGAAUAACCCCGGUGUGAAGAGAGCUCUUUUUUUUAAAAAAAUUUCAUUGAUUCUUUCAAUCGAUUGAUUUGAUCGAAUUAUUUCCUAUAUUAAAAAACACACACAUGAUGGAUGUAAGCGGUACUGAUCCACGAACACGUACAGGAUUAUUUUUAUGGCCAUGGGCAAGUUAUCCAGCUGUUGCAGCCAAUGCAGCAGUCGGUGCUCAUGCACAACCAAUUAUGAUGGGUGCAGGUGCUGCUGCUGCUGCUGCUGCAACGAAUGCAGCAGCCACAAUGAAUGCAACUGUUCCCGGUUCAAAUAUGCUAGGUGUAUCACAUCCAGCAGCCGCAGCAGCGGCAGCCGCGGCCGCCACAGGUAAUCCUGGAUCAACAACACUACCCGGUAUGAUUGAAGAUCCAUUUGAAAGUUUUUGUCAACGAUUUUCCUAUUCUGGUGCAGCACAUGCAGCGCAUAUGUCUCAUAUACUACCGCAUCAACAUGUUGGCCUCAGUGAUACACGUCACUUGACACAACAAGAUCAUGAAGCUGGUGAAAAUGAGACCAGUCGUCAUUUGAAUCACUCGCCAUCGAUUAAUCAUGCUCGUGCACAUAUUACUACACCAUCACAACGUUUAUUAUCUGGUCAACCUCGUGGAGUCGGGGGUGGUCUUGGUGGCAACAGCAACGGCGCUAAUAAUCAUAUCCAUUCACAUACUACUAAUAAUGCAAACGGGCAUAACGACCAGUUGAAUGAUACCUGUAAUAAUAAUCACAAUAAUAAUCCUACGCAUGCUGCAGCGAUUGCCGCUUUCGCCUCCGCGGCAGCCAGUUCUGCUAUCAUGGGUGCUAAUGAAACAAACAUUGGCAAUUCAAAUGGUAUAGCCCUACCACACGGGAUACAAGUACCACGUCAUGUUCAACAAGGUCUACGUGCCAAUCCUGGUGCCAAUGAAAUGGUCCUUGAUGGCCUGUGUAAUGGUUUUGCAAAGCCUAGUCAAUUUUCUAGUGUUACAAAUGCAUUGAAUAGGCAGCAGCAGUCGGCGGCGGCAGCGGCGGCGUUAUCCCCAAGACAGAUUACUUCAAUGAAUUGUAGCAAACUCCAGGCGGAUUCUAUUACUCCGUAUAAUUUACACUGUCAUCAUUUGAAGAGUUUAGGGAAUCCAGCAGCGGUUGCAUUGGCAGCCGCGGCUGUAGUUGGUGGCGGAGGUGGAGUUCCAGGCGCUGGAGAUCAGCAUGUCGAUGAAGUGAACUCAUCUGGGAAUAAUAAUCAUAAUAGCAACGGGAACUCUGGCGGUACAAGAGGAUCACAUUCAUCAAAUAAUGACAAUUACCCUCUAGCUCAUGGGCAGCAAACACAACAACAACAGUAUAUCUUUUCACCAAAAAGUCCACUAUCAGAUUCUCUUGAAGCUACAGUUGAAUCAGAUCGUGUAACAGGGAAAUCUUCGUCAAGAUCACGUGCGGACAAUAGUAUUGAAAAUAAAACUAUGGUUAAUCGAUUACUUUCAUCAAUGCCACAACAAGCUGAUCGAUUGAAUAAUUUAAUUUUUAGAAAUACUCAUUUAAGAGGUUCCGAAUGUUCACCAGAUUCAUCAGUCAAUGGAACAGGUCGACGAUCAACAGAUCUACUUAUGGAGGAUCCAUUGACAACUCCAAGAGAAGAUAAUAAUGGAAAUAAUACAACAAAUAACAGUAGUAAUAACAGUAAUAAUAAUAAUGGUAAUAAUAAUAAUAGUAGUAAUAGCAGUCGUGUCGAAUCACGAUUCCUUGGAAUUAAUCAAGAUGAAGGUAUAUCGAUUAAUGGUUUGUGUAAUGGGGAAAAUGGUCUAUCCUCUGUCCUCGGUUCAUCUCUUCCAGGCACUGGGCAUACAACAACCUCAUAUCAUCAUCCACCGGCUAAAGGAUACAAGUGUAAAAUUUGUCAACAUGUGUGUUUCUCACGUCAUGAUUUGUCAGCACAUAAUGCCGCUACGCACAAGCAAGAUCCACGACCAUAUCGAUGUGAACAGUGUGGACGACAGUUUUCAACCUGUGCCUAUCUAUCCCAGCAUAGACGGAUACAUACCGGUGUUAAACCUUAUGCAUGUCGUUAUUGUGAUCGUCGAUUCACACAACUCAGUCAUGUACAACAACAUGAAAGGAUACAUACAGGAGAAAAGCCUUAUCGGUGUACAACAUGUAUGAAAAGUUUUACACAAAUGUCUAAUUUACAAUCUCAUCAACGUCAACAUAUGAAAGGCAAACCGUUUCGUUGUGAACAAUGCUUUAUGUCAUUUGAUACAAAAGAAGAGCUGGAUGUUCAUGUACAAGCAAAGCAUUCGGGUAACCGAUAUGCUAAGGUGAGUAAAAAAGUUCUAGUAUGUCCUAUCUGCACGAAGAGUUAUAAUUCAGAAACCUAUUUAGCCAAACAUGUUGAUCGGCAUAAAGAAGCAGCAGCUACAGCUGGUGCUGACGGCAAUAGCUCCAAUGCACGUGGCAAUAACAGUCAUAAUAACAACAAUAAUAACAAUACUAAUAAUAGCAAUAACAGUAGUAAUAGUAAUAAUAACAAUAAUAAUAGUGCGAUCAAUCUAAGAAAUCAAGCCUGUAUGGAUAAUAUAUUCGCUGCUGGAUUUCAUAAUCAUUCAGUUGCUAUGGCUGCUGCAGCCGCGUCAGCGCUUAGUCGUGGUGGGAAUGUUAUCGAUUCGAAUUCUGCCGCUGCUGCUGCAGCUGCUGUUACACAUAUGGGUGUUAUCGGUGCUGGUACGGGUGGUCUUGGCGGUGUUACUGGUGGACGUCAUCCACAUGCAGCAGCAGCUGCAGCUAUGGUUGCAGCACAUGCACAUCAAGAUUUACAUUUACGUGCUGUCGCAGCAGCGGCUGUUGCUAAUAGCAACACAAAUAAUAAUAAUAGUGGGAAUAAUGGUGUCGGUGUCGGUAUGAAUAUUGCUGGUAAUCGUGUUGUUGGUGGUGAUAUUGACAAUUCAUGCGGUUUUUUUAAUUCACCACUAAAUGAUGCAAGAGUUAGUGGUAAUAAUAAUACGAAUAAUAGUAAUAGUAACAGUCCAAAUACGGGGUGCGAUUUAUUACACAAUAAUAAUGGGAAUGGGAAUGCAUUGAAUUAUAGUUCAAUGUCGACAACAAAUGGGGGAGGAUUAUUUCAUCAUUUACCAGUAGGUGGAAUGAUUCACGGAUCAAAUAAUGAACAUUUAGCUGCAGCUGUACAGCAACAACAACAACAGUGUAUUACGUCAUCACAUCGUCAUCAACACUUUCAAGAGGAGAAUCAUCAACAGCACAUGAGCUCAUAUGGACAUUCAAAUUUAUCCUCACCAAAUCAUCAUAAUCAAACUCAACAACAUCAGCAACAACAGCAGCAGCUGUACGGCCAUCAACAUCACCAACAUCAGCAUCAACAGCAUCAGCAGCAUCAAGGACAACAACAACAGCAUAUUCAAGUCAAUCAACGUACUAAUACUACCACUGUUCACCAUUCAUCGUCUAAACGUCAGUCGACAUCAGUUAAGUCGACAGCAUCCCCAUCUUCGUCAUCUUCAUCAUCCUCAUCAUCUUCAUCAUCAUUAUCUCCAGGAGUAAAUGAUUCAGCACAGUGUCAACAACAUUUAUUAAAUUUAACACAACAUCGUUUGUCUAAUUCUACUUCUACAUCAAAACGAAUUUGUUCCCCGUCAAUUGAAUGUAACACCACCGCCAACACCACCAACACCACCCCGUCAUCAGUAACAAUAGCACCGACAGUGGCAAUGGUGAAUUCAACAACGAUAUCAUCGAUGGAUCGAUAUAUUUCAACGCCGACUACUACCUCAAUCACUCCACCACCUUCAACGGGAACAAUAGCAACAACAACAACAACACAACCAGUGACCGGAGUUAAUGGCUCGUUAAGUAAUAAUAACACUAAUAAUAAUAGUGGUAAUGAGGGUAUACAACAACACCAGUUACUUCCACCACCAGCCCAUCAACAACACUGUCUACAAUCGAAUCAGUUAGGGGAAUCAAAUUCGCUAUAUAUUAACAAUAAUAAUAAUAACAAUGAUAAUCAGACUAACUGUACAACCGGUAACCAUCAUUCUACUCCACAGUCAGAGUCUCAACGGCAGCCCACCCAUCAACAGCAUCAUCAUCAUCAGAACCAUCGUCAAGAAGAGCAUAUGCCUCCGUUAUCUGCACACAGUCAUUCCAAUCAAUCCUUUCUGUCUAGUCAUGUUGUCGGUGAGUUGACCUCGUCACCUUGCGCAUCACCAAGAAGACUGUUAAACACAACAGAUGAUGAUAUAACUGUGAAAGCCAGUGAAUGUCAGCGUAUGAAUAUUCAGGAAGGCGAUCAUCAGAAUUGUGAGAAGUGGUUUAAUGGUAGGCGUAACGAUAAUACUGAUGUUGUAAACGGGAAUGUGAAGAAUCACACCGAAGUCGAUAUCGACACCGACGCCGAUGUCGUCGACCACCACCAACCUAACGGAGGAGAAGAUGAAGAAGAAGGAGAAGCUGAUGAUGGCGAAGAUGAUAUUGUCAUGAAUAAAACUGACAUCAGUACACCGAAUCAUAUGUAUGAUUUUUUAUUCCAUGCAAAUUCAAACAGUAAUGCUGAUGAUGAUGACGAGGUCGGUCUAAAGUCAACUCACGAGGCUGUAGAAGAAGAGGAGCACGGGGCGGGGGACCUGUUGACUUCACCGCAUAAAUCUUCUAGAUUUAAUCAAAACGCGCUAAUACCAAAUAGUUUAUCCCCAACAUCGACUGAUCUACUCCAGUGUAAUAAUAAUGAUGGCGGUGGAAAUAUUCUUCAUAAUCGAUCUGCGCCAUCAUCAGCAUCAGCAUCGCUAUCUUCAUCAUCGUCUUCUUCUCCGUGUAUUGAUCCUGUUAUGACAGAUGAGAUGAAUUCAAUUGGAUUGGAAAAUAUCAAUUAUACUGACAAUAAUCACGGUAAUCAUGAUAAUAAUCCUACGGAAUGUGAAACAAAUACCCUAUCAACUAGCAUAGGGAUUGAUUCAAUUCUUGGUGGGGGAGAACAUCCAUUGAAUAGUAUAAAAAUUCAAACAAGUAAUCCAUAUACAAUGGAUAAAUUGAAAUCAACUGAUGGUGGACAUCUCUGCCCUAGCAACAACAACAACCAUGGCAACAACAACAGCAAUCCUAAUAACACUAAUAAUCGAUCAUUAAAGCGUAGUUGGUCAAAUAGAGAAUUAUUAAAUUCGCAUAAUCAUGAUCCCGAUCAUGAUGAUGAUCACAGUAUUGAUCAUAACGAUAAAGAGAAGGAUACUCUGGAAUUCUCAGCAGAAAAUAAUAAUAUAGACACUGGUAGUAUUGAUUGUGUGGGAACAAGGACCCUUAGCAACGACAGUAACACGAGCAACGUUGGUAACUCCCCUAAAAAUACCAUGAAUACUAAUCACCAUCAUAAUAAUCAUAAUGAUAAUGAUGACAGAAAAUCGAUAUCAGAAGAGGAAGAAGAAGAAGAACCACAACAACGACAUCAAGUGAAUUCGACGUCAACAUCACCGAUAUCCUCAUCAGUACAACAGUUACACCCUACUAAACGUCGACGUCGACAUCAGUAUGUACCACAACAUUUACCAGUAUAUCAUGAUAAUGGAGAUAUUGAUGAAGCUGAUAAUGACUGUGUUAAAGAGGCAAUCGAUAAACGAAAAUCGAUGAUACAAUCAACACUGGAUCAUUCCCAUCGUCAAAAUCAUCAUCAACAGUUAACAAAUCGACGGGGAAAAUUGUCCUCAAAUGAUAAAUAUACAAAAUCGGAUCAAUUGAAUGGAGAUACCAAUGAAACAUCCCCCUCCUCCCACUCAUCACCAUCAUCAUCAGUGAAUAGUCCUCUUGACAAUGGAACUGAUGAUCUCGAGGGUGAAGUUGUCAGCGACAAUGUUGUUCACAAGGCCAACAAUGAUUUUGAUGCUAACGCUAACGAUGAUAUAAUCAUCACAUCAUCAAAUGGUGGUAUCGAAAAGGCAGAUAUCACGUCAACAAAUGAUAGACAAUGUUAUUUCUCAGCUUUUUAA